UUUAGCUCUUUGAUCCAUACUCCGUUCCGUUGACUAUAACUUCGCCCGAGUCUCAUUCUUCUUCUUCUCCUUCUUCUUCUUCUUCUUCUUCAUACUCAUUUCAAUAACACAACCACCCCAACAAACACACGACACAAAGCAAAUCAACCAUUUCUUCAUAAUUCUAUUAUCUAAUUUCCAUUAUUCUUAUUGAUAAUAUUAUUAUUUCUCUGAAAAUUGUUAAUAGUAAUAUAUUAAUCAAAAGAAAAAUAUGAACGACCUAUUUUCCGGUUCCUUCUCCCGCUUGCGCAACGAACGUACUUCACCGGACCGCCACCACGUCAUCGAGAUGUCUGCCGUCACGCCGGACGCUGCAGGCUCGGGCGGCGUCCACCUCGACAAGUUCUUCGACGAUGUCGAAGGCGUUAAAGAGGAGCUUCGCGAAGUCGAGCGUCUUCUCCAGAGUCUCCAGAGCAGCCACGAGCAGAGCAAGACGCUUCACAACGCCGCCGCCGUGCGUGACCUCCGGUCGAGAAUGGACGCCGACGUAUCGGCGGCGCUGAAGAAGGCGAAGGUGAUCAAGCUCCGCCUCGAGGCGCUGGACCGGUCCAACGCUGCGAACCGGAACCUGCCGGGUUGUGGACCGGGUUCGUCAUCGGACCGGACGAGAACUUCGGUGGUUAACGGUUUGAAGAAGAAGCUGAAGGAUUCGAUGGAGAGCUUCAAUGAAUUGCGGCAGCAGAUCUCGGCGGAGUAUAGGGAGACGGUGCAGCGGCGGUACUUCACCGUCACCGGCGAGAAUCCCGAUGAGAAGACGCUCGAUCUCUUGAUCUCUACUGGUGAGAGUGAAACAUUCCUUCAGAAAGCCAUUCAAGAACAAGGCAGGGGAAGAAUUCUUGACACCAUCAAUGAAAUUCAAGAAAGGCAUGAUGCUGUCAAAGAGAUCGAGAAGAAUCUCAAGGAGUUGCACCAGGUGUUCCUUGACAUGGCAGUGCUGGUGCAAACACAGGGCGAGCAACUGGACGAUAUUGAGAGCCACGUGGCGCGAGCCCAUUCGUUUGUGCACACCGGAACAGAGCGGUUGCAAACUGCAAGAAAGCACCAGAAGAACACCAGGAAAUGGACCUGUUUUUGUAUCAUACUGCUUCUAGCGAUUAUCUUGGUAGUGUUGCUAGUGGUUCUGAAACCGUGGCAACAUAAUGGCAGCAGUGGUGGUGGUAGUCAGCCUGCUCCGGCUCAAACACCUCCACCACCACCUCCUGCCGGUGCUUAAUUAAGAAUAUACAGACUUUGGUGCAUAUUGAUUUCAUUUAUUAUUUUAUUUUGAAGAUUGAGCUAUUUUGUUCUGAGAUAUCUUGCAAGGUUGAGAGAGGCUAACAUGGAUUAGCAUAUGAUUUGAGAGGGAUUCUGUGGUUUUGUUUCAAUCCAUGGAAAGGCUCGUUGAUGAAUAUAGAUCUGUAGAUUUUUUGAGACCAUGACUUUAGGGCCCCAUAUUCUUUUCCUGUAAGUAUGUUAUGCAUUGGUGACUUAUGGUUUAUAUAUAUAAUUUUAUAUAUAUAGAGAUUUUUUUUAAUGAAA